GUUCUCACCCCGCACAACUCUCACAACUCUUGAAUACUUAUAUCACCCUCAGAGUAGUUACCAUUCUAUUCUAUAACUCCAACUCCAAUUAGCAGAUCCGACCAGAAAAGCAACCAUGUCAAAUACACCCACACUCCCACCCGGCUACUCCCUCCGCCAAGGCUACCCCUCAGUACGAGAUUACAUCCACCUCCGCUCCGCCUCGGGUCUAUCACCCCACAGCGCCGCCCAAGCGGAGGCCGCAAUGCGCGGUAGCUGGUACGGGUGCUACAUUACGUACAACGGAAACUCCGAGCCAGAAAACAAGGACAUUGCCAAAUCCCGUUCAAACGACACCACAGACGAAGUCACAGUCGGCAUGGGUCGUGUCAUCGGCGACGGAGGCUGGUAUUUCCACAUCGCCGAUAUGGCCGUGCUGCCGGAGCACCAGCGCAAGGGCCUGGGCGAUGUGGUUUUGAAACACCUCAUGAGCAAAAUUCGUUCGCUGGCGCCUCCGCCGGAAAGAGCGCCGGAUGGGAGACUGAUGGGUACCUAUGUGAACUUGUUAGCUGAUGUGCCGGGUCGCAAGCUGUAUGCCAGGAAUGGGUUUGUCGAUUCGAUGCCGCAUUCUAUGGGUAUGGUGCAAUUGUUGGAUGGGGAGGGUGCUUAGCAUGGGGUGUUAGCGGUGGUAUCUUUACCUGUACAGCUGGGGAUCGUGUUGUGUGGGGGGCUAGACGAUUCAGUUGUGGUGUGUCAAUCUACGAAGUUUUGUAUAUUGAGCGUCGUUGGUCAUGGUUUCUUUAAGCGAUACUUGACAGAUCUUACAAAUACC